GUCAAUUCAAAGAACAUUUUGAUUCAGUUUGUUUAUUUCCCAAAUCCAAUGGGUAUUUCGAAACUCAUUUGUUUAUAAUUUGAGAUGUUUUACAGCAACCAGAAAGCAAUUAAAACCUUUGAACUAUCAAUAACUUUAAUAACUAUUUUCAGAAAAUUAACUGAAAAUGAACAUAAACUCUUCAGAGAUAACUCAUGAAGAUGAUAAGGGAAGACACUUUGUUGAUCUCCCAGAUGACAUCCUGUUUACAAUAUUUAGCUAUUGUAGCACACAGACUCUUUGUCGAAUAUGUCGCACCUGCUCACGACUAAAAGAUCUGGCAUCAAGGGACUGUGUAUGGACUAAGGAGAGUCCAAAUUACAGACUAAUGGUAUUUCCAGGAGAUGUAAAUAUAACAUAUAAAGGCAGUCCUAGACAAACCAGUGCACAAAGAAGAAAAAGAAAAAUUCUGUUGAAAGAUAGAUGUAGAAUAGCAAAGAACUGGGAAACCAAGAUUGUUAAGGAUACACAGGUUGUCAAACAUAAGACAAAAUUGAUGCCUUGGGCUAGACUACAUGGACAGAAGCUUUACGUUUCCAAUGCAGUGAACAUUAAUUGUUACGAUGUAUUUAAUGACAGUACAGUAAAAGAAGAUCUAUCAAACAGAAUCUCCGGCUGUAAUUAUGAUGUAACCAAAUUUGUGGUUAAUGACGAUGUUUUUGUCAGUGGAUUUAGAGAGGGCCGUAUUAUAGUAUUUGAUACUGUUUCAAAAGAAAAGAAGUUUGAAUACUGUUUUGAUGAAUGUGGUGAUACACAAGCUGUAGCUGUUUAUAAUGAUACAGUUGUGGCUGGUUAUCAAGAUGGAUCAGUUAAAGUUUUGAAUAUACAGAAAUAUGACAAAUCUGAUGUAACCACUAUAAACAACUGUAGUACUGGUGCCAGUAUUCCCAACCGGGUGUGGUCAGUUGCUACAGCUCCAGAUGGAAGCACAUUUACUGUUGGCAAUGCAGGUCUGGAAACAAAUAGGACUCCAGUAGAAGUGUAUGAUCUUGAAAGUUGUAGACUUCUAUACAACCUAGGAUCUGGUCAUAAGAGAGGAGCAGGUGUAUUAGACAUUAAGUAUGAAACACCACAUAUAAUGUUGACCUGUGGAUAUGAUACAAGUCUUAGGUUGUGGGAUCUCAGGACUCUGUCAUGUGAGAAAGAAUGGACAGAACCAUUUGAUACAGAGUUAUCUUCCAUACAGUCUGAUGGAAACAAUGUGAUAUUAACGGGAACAUUUCAGUAUGGAAUGACAAGAUUAUGGGAUAAAAGGUUGAAUGAUCCAGUGCAGAUGUAUUAUUGUGGUCAGAAGAGAUCCCCUGUGUACUGUUUGGAUACAGAUUUCCAGAGAUUAUUUGUAGCUUUAGACUGGGGAAUUCAUAUGCUAGACUUUACAGUAUAUAAUUCACAUAAUAAAAACUUAAUACGGUGACCUAUAGUUGUUAAUUUAUGUUUCAUUUGGUCUCUUGUGGAGAUUUGUCUCAUUUACAUUCAUACCACAUCUUCUUUUUUAUAUGUAUGCAUUGAUACGUAGAUUGUUAUGUCUGUGUAUCUAAAAAAUACACAUUCUGUAACUAUGUGCACAUGUGCCAUUAAGUUAUGAAAUAGUGGAUAGUAAACAACUGGAACUUUUUUAAUUCAUUAUUUUAAUUUUAUGCAUGAAAUAUUUCUGAGAGUAGAAAAGAUUUAAAUUGAAAAGGACAUCUCACUGAAAGUGUUCAACUUUCAACAUAUUGCUCAGUAUAAAGAUAUGUGAUAUUUACAAAUACUAUAUGUUUCUAGGUUAUUUAUGCACUAACUUAAAUAUGUGA